AUGGAGCUGCGUCAUCGAGGUAAUAGGUCCGACAACAAUCAACAAAUGGAAACGUUUCAAAUUGAUGAAAAAUCCAGCAAUACUAAAGAUGAAGCUGUCAAAAAUCAAAAAUGUCUCUCAGCCGUACCAACCCUAUUAGUUUCACUGACUGUAUUGAUAAUUUUAAAUGUGUUUGUAUAUUACAUGGAUAACAAAUUACCCCCCACCGAAUCAAAUAAUUCUACUAGCAAUGAUUUUGUCGCUAAACGUGCCAUGUCCACAUUAAUUAAAUUAGCGAAUUUAGGUCCAAGACCUGUUGGUAGUUAUGAAAAUGAAAAAUUAGCUUUUAAUCUCUUAAAAACCGAAAUCAAUGAUAUUACAAACGAAGUAGACAAUGUGAAUGAUAUUGAAAUGUACAAUCAAAAAGUUAGUGGUUCAUUUAUUUUGAAUAUGAAAAAUUGGAAGUAUCUAUUAAGUUAUGAAGACUUACAAAAUAUUGUUGUUAAAAUAGAUCCUAAACAAGGUUUAAACGAUGCCAUUUUGUUAAAUUGUCAUUAUGAUUCAGUUCCAGCAGGGCCUGGUGUAAGUGACAAUGGUGUAAACUGUGCUGUGAUGGUAGAACUUUUACGAAUUUUAGCUAAAACCCCACAUCUCAGGAGACCGAUAAUUUUUUUAUUUAAUGGUGGUGAAGAAAUUAUGCUUCAAGCAUCCCAUGGGUUUGUUACUCAACAUCCUUGGUCUAAAAGUGCAAAGCACGUAAUAAAUCUCGACAGUUGUGGAGCAGGGGGUCGAGAGAUAUUGUUCCAAACUACAAAGUCUGAUUCGUACUUGGUAGAUUUGUACGCUCGCACCGUUCCCCAUCCAUACGGUCAAGUGAUUGGCGAGGAAUUAUUUCAAUCGGGCAUAAUACCGUCGGACACGGAUUUUAGAAUAUUCAGAGAUUUCGGAAACAUGUCCGGUCUUGAUUUGGCGCAUUACAAAAACGGGUAUGUCUAUCACACGAAAUACGAUAAUUUAGAUCAAAUUGAACCGUCCGUGUUGCAGAACACGGGUGAAAACUUGUUCGCGCUCGCCAAAGCAAUGUCGACGCAUAACGUGACGAACAGUACCAAAUCCAAGUAUGUGUUCUUCGACGUGUUCGGUGUGUACAUGUUUUCCUAUACGGAACUCUUGGGAGCGUUCGCCAACUUCAUAAUCGUGUUGUUGUCCUUCUUCUCGAUAUUCUUGUCGCUUAAAUUCACGACGGUCGGUAUGAAUCGCCGCGAGUACAGCUUGCACCUGUUGACGGCCAUUGUAAGUCCUGGUUGCACGAUCGUGGCGGCCGUACUGUCGUGUCUACUGGUAGCGUUCGCGCUGGAUCGGCUCGGGUGCUCGAUGAGCUGGUACAGCAACCGGACCAACCUGCUGGUGUACUUCGGUUCCGCAACAUGGUCCAUAUUGACCGUGGCGGCUUACUACCCAAAAAUCCGGUCCAGGACCGAUGCGGAAUGGACCGUGACGAUGCUUAACGGCGUUCAGCUGUUUUGGACGGCGCUGCUGUUCGUCUCCACCAUGGCGGGUCUGCGUUCCAGCUACCUCUUUGCGGUCAUGGUGCUGUGGCCGUCGGCCGCCAGCUGCACAUUGGGCAUAAUGAACGCCGGCCGGACGCCAGCUUUCUGGAUAGCGGGAUACGUGGCGUCGCUGUUCGUACCCGUCGCUUUCGUGCUGUACCUGACGCAAAUGUUCGUGUCACUGUUCGUACCGAUCUCUGGACGCCUCGGCCCCAACGUCAACCCCGACUACGUGGUCGGCACGCUGAUGGCCAUGUCUGCGUAUGCCACUGUCGGCCACCUGGCGCCGGCCAUCGCGCUGGUAAACAGGCCGCGCCCCGCCUUGGCCGGCCUGGGCGCCGCGGUACUGCUGACGGCCGUGGCUAUCGUUGCAGUUCGGCCGGUCGGGUUCCCGUACUCGAGCGCCAAGACUGAGCAGCGACUCGACCUGAUACACACACAACGCAUAUUCCACGAUUUCGGCGGUGGCGUUCGGUACAACGACUCCGGUUACCUGAUCGUCAACUGGGACCGACAGGGUCCGCGAACGGUCGUUGACUACGCGCCGAACGCGGCCCUCAUUGAUUGCACCAGCGAACUGAUGUGCGGCUCACCGGUGACCGGGUCGCUGGCGUAUCACACCGGUUGGCUGCCGGGUCGACCGACGCCGGCGGCGCAGCGGUCCGCGGCCACGGCCCAAGUGGUUAUACUCAAGGACGACAAGAGACGGCGACGGAUCGUGUUCAACGUAACAGGGCCGGAGAGGGUGAACGUGUACAUCAGCCCUUAUCCCGGUACGCGGUUGAAUUCGUGGAGUUUCGCGGGAAAACCGGAAGUGGCCACCAAUUGGAUGGGAAACGAUGUGUACGUGAUAAAGCACUCAUCGGGGGCGGGUCCAGCGGCUGGUGGCCCACAGAAUGUAUGGAGCUUUUGGUUGGAACACGAAUGCGACCGUGGCUUCGGUGAGAUGUCCAUUAACGUCACCUUGGCGUACAGUUGGGUGAUACACAAGGACUUGGUGUUGGGCGACGAAUUCCGAUCUUUCGUCGACUCGUUUCCGCGGUGGGUGCACGUCAAUAUUGCGGUCGCCAGCGUCGAAGCUUUUGUCUACUAA